AUGCAAUCCAAAACCAUAUCCCUUCAUUCCCUAUCAUCACUGUUAGGUUUGGCACUGAAGAAGAUCAUUCCAUUGGGACAUAGGUCUAUGUUCCUAAAGCUCACGAUAGAUGCGAACAUUCUGAAACCCAAGAUGGCAGAAUGGGAAGAGAGGCUUCAAGCUAUUCUUAUAGAAGAACAUUCCUACAGGAAAGCAACUCAUAACAUAACGUCUGAUGCGUUGUUAACAGGUUAUGGAGCAGUAUUCCAGAACAAGACUCUAGCAGUAACAUGGACAGCAGAGCUGGUACCAUCAGAAUGGAUGUCCAACAUCAACAUUCUGGAGAUUAUGGUCGAGAAAAUAGCAAUAAGACAAUUUGCGAAAAAUCUCAGAAGCGUGCAUCUUGCCAUACACCUGCAUAAUCGAACUGCUAUUGCCUACAUCAACAGACGUGGAGGAAUAACCAAUGAAUAUGGAACAAGAAUAGCGUUCGAAAUUUGGGACUACUGUCACAGUAGGAAUAUAGUUAGCGGACCGAGUCUCCAGGCUCCAAUCACAAAGAUGGAGAGAAUGGUCGCUGAAUAA